UGUGGGUCGGAGGUGGGGUGGGGGAGGGUUGGGGGUGAGAUGUUAAACCCAAAUCCCUUUUUUGCCUGUUAAACAUUCCCCGGGACAAAUAGGUAACGAGAAGGGAGUUCCUCCCGGGAUCCUGGCUGAGCAAUUCCACGGUUGAAUUAAUCGUUCGCUUCAGGGCCGGUUGCGAGUGAGAUUUUUGCUGCGUAAAAAUCUGCGUGUCGCACUCGCCUGGACAACAAAAAAAAUCAGUCAUUACACUUAAUUCCCUGCAAAGUACUUAAGAGAGAUGUUUGAUGUUACUGACGCGGUGUUAAGUGCAAGGAUUAAUACUAUUAUUCCGGUGAUUGGCGAGAGCUUUGGCUUUUUUUUUCCCCCCCCCCUGUACCAUAAAGGGGCUGAAAGGCAGCUGAGCUCGUGAUGUGCUGUCAGUUCAGGAGUGGGUGACACAGGAAAGACAGAGGGAGGGAGGGAGGGAGGGAGAGGGAGGGAGGGAGAGAACGAGAGAGACUCAGUAACGCAGUUAACACAGGCAACUUUACGUCAGAUCUGGCACAUUCAGCAACUGGGAGGCUGGAGCACAAAAGGAGGCUUUGACUGCUCUGAACUAUGAAUGAAAACAUUCAUUAACUCAACAAGAAGAGCAAUGGAAUGGAAUUAAGUUGGGGAGCCCAGGCUAUUGAGGAACGAACGUGUGUUAACCGGAGCCUGGGGCGAUCUGCUCUGCUUUUCCAACUGCUGUUCACUUGUGCAAAAUAACACUUUUCCCCCUCCUUUAAUUUGGGAACCGGGUGUAAGAGUCACAUGGACCGAAUUCCUGGUGUUCGGUGAAACGAUUCUGAGCAAAAAAUAGUUGUGAUGUGAGAGGAGUCCGUGAGCAGCGAGAGACACACACACAGAGUGAAGAGUUCCAGCACAGAUACAGACAAGAAGAGAGCGACCCAUCCAAACCCAACCCAACUGGUCAAGACAGACAGACGGACGGACGGACGGACAGACGGACGGACAGACAGACCCGCUCUAAGGUUAACCAGAGCUGAAAGGAAUCGGAGCUCCAUCCCAGUGAUCGGCGGAGUAACCCCAAACUACACCGUCCAACUCCAUCUACAGCAGCUCGAAGAUCUCCCACACACCUUCCUCCCCAGGAGACAGGCUCCCGGGAGCUGGAGGCUUGUUGCAUCCACUAAGGUGACCCCAUGAUCGGCACUAAAUCCAAGGGAAGUGAGCUGGAAAGUGAGGUGCCUGACCUCAGCCCGGAGAGAAACAAGCUGGCUUUUAAAGCCCUUAAACAAGUGGGGCUCCAGGAGGAUGAGGAUGUGAGGUUCAUGCUGAAGGGCAGCAAGUUACAGAAAAUCAAGUCCCAGGUGUGGAAGAAGCCGAGGCAGCUGAGGCUGCAGGGAGAUGGGUUGUCUGUCUGGUGUGAGUCCAAGUCCAGGAGAAAGCCAUCCAUGUCCACUUUCUCGGUGAUGGAGAUCCAGUCUGUGCGCGAGGGCCACCAGUCGGAGGUGAUGCGGAAACACGGUCGGGGUUUCUCGGAGCAGCAGUGCUUCACCAUCGUGUUCCAGGGCAACCGCACUAACCUGGACCUGGUGGCCGAGACCCCGGAGGAGAGGAGACGCUGGGUCCGGGGGCUUCACAAACUGAUGGCCCGAGCGGCCGGCAUGAGCCAGCGUGAGAAACUGCACCACUGGAUCCACCAGUACCUGCACAAGGCUGACAAAGACAACGACAGCGAAAUGAGCUUCCAGGAGAUCAAGGACUUGGUGAAAAUGAUCAACCUGAAGGUGAACGAGGAAUACAUCACCUGCCUCUUCCAGCAGUGCGACAGGUCCAAGAGCAGCAAACUGGAGGAGCACGAGAUCGAGGAGUUCUGUCAGCUGCUGAUGCAGAGGCCGGAGCUGGAGGAGAUCUUCAACUAUUACUCGGGCGAGGACCAGAUUCUGGCCGUCAGGGAGAUCAGCAACUUCCUGAAGGAGCAGAAGGAGGUCCCCAGCGAGGAGAACGGCCUGAGCAUCAUACAAAGGCACGAGCUGAACGAGAAAGCGAAACAGAACCAGCUCCUGACCCGGGACGGGUUUGUGAUGUACAUGCUCUCGCCGGACGGCGACAUCUUCAACCACAGCCACGACCUGAUCUACCAGGACAUGGGGCAGCCCCUCAGCCACUACUUCAUCUCGUCCUCGCACAACACCUACCUGAUGGAGAACCAGCUGGGAGGACCCAGCAGCACUGAGGCUUAUAUCAGAGCGCUGUUGCGAGGCUGUCGCUGUGUGGAGCUGGACUGCUGGGACGGAGCUAACGGGGAGCCCGUUGUGUACCACGGACACACCCUCACCUCCAAAAUCCUCUUCAAGGACGUGGUCACAGCCAUCCGCGACUACGCCUUCAAGAUGUCCCCCUUCCCCCUCAUCCUGUCGCUGGAGAAUCACUGUGGGGUGGAGCAGCAGAUGGUGAUGGCUCGACACUUCACCAACAUUCUGGGCAACUUGCUGGUCACCGGCCCAGUUGACGGCAAAGAGCCCGAGGAGCUGCCCUCACCCGAGGAGCUCAAAGGGAAGAUUGUGAUCAGGGGCAAGAGGCUGACCGGCUCGGGGGACGUGGACUCGGAGACUCCGGAGGAGGAAGAGGAGGAGGAGGAGGAGGAAAGCGUAACAAAUGAAGAGAAAAGCAGGAAGAGAAUGACCCAGGAGAUGUCUGAGCUGGUGGUUUACUGCAGGAACACCCGAUUCCAGGGCUUCGAGGCUGUGUGGAGCCGGCAGGUGGCCUGCGAGACCUCUUCCUUCUCAGAGACCAAAGCCAAGAAACUGAUCAAUGAUUGUGGGACCAGUUUUGUCCGGCAUAACACCCUGCAGCUGUCCAAGGUCUACCCUCUGGGAUCUCGCAUCAGCUCCUCCAACUUCAACCCCCAGGACAUGUGGAACGCCGGCUGUCACCUCGUUUCCCUGAAUUUCCAGAAGUGCGGAGCGGAGAUGGACCUGAACGAGGGAAGGUUCCGGCAGAACGGUCGCUGCGGUUACGUGCUGAAGCCGGACUUCAUGAGGAGCAGCGACUCCGCAUUUAGCCCCACAAAGCCCGUGCCGGGGGCCGGGCUGGACAGGAGACAGCUGGUCAUUGAUGUGAUCACAGCUCAGCAGUUGCCCAAAGUGAACAAGACCAAGAAGAACUCCAUCGUGGACCCGCAGGUGAGGGUGGAAGUUCACGGUGUUCCCGAGGACAACGCGUCCGGAAAGACGGGAUACGUGACGAAUAAUGGCUUUAACCCGGUGUGGAACGAGGUGCUGAGGUUCGGGAUCAGCGUUCCCGAGCUGGCGCUGAUCCGCUUUGUGGUGGAGGAUUACGACACGGCCAGCAGCAACGACUUCAUCGGGCAGUUUACCCUCCCGUUCACCAGCGUCCAGCAAGGCUAUCGCCACGUCCACUUACUGGCCAAGGACGGCACCUCCCUCUCGCCGGCCACCCUGUUCGUCCGGAUCAGGAUAGAGAGCGAGUCGAGCGGAGACGGUGACUGUGCCCAGCCCCCGCCCCACAUUUGACUGUUUUCCUCCCCCCUGCCCCCCCUCAAUCGCACAGUGGGGGGGAAGUGAGACAGACGAGGGAAAUGUGAAGCAUUUCCGUCAUCCUAAUAGACUCCAGAGGUAGCAAUAGACUUUAACGUCCUCAUCGUUGGCAGGUGUUUAAAUUAGAUAUUUCUGUGUUCUGAUGGUGUGUGCGUGUGUGUGUGUCUCUCUCUCUCC